UAUAGUAUAGUACGGUAUAGUAUAGUAUAGUACAGUAUAGUAUAGUACGGUAUAGUAUAGUAUAGUGUAGUAUAGUACGGUAUAGUAUAGUAUAGUGUGGUAUAUGAUGUAAGAUGUGAUGAGGAGGUUAAACGUGUACUUUUAAGAAUGAUUAUUUUGAUGUAAGAUAUUUACAAAAGCAACUCGUGUAACAUGUGUUCAGCAGUAGAUUGUACGUCAUGUACUGUAUCUACACAACAUAUAGCCAUAUGUUACACACACUUAGGAGAAGGAAGCCAUAAAUGUAGAUGUUAAUGACGGAUGUCAGGAUCUUUAUGACUUACUUAAGUGCAUGAAUGAGCCCGUCACUUAAUGAAGACUGUAACAUAGAGUCCAUUUGUAGUCCAUUCAUGUUUUAUGUAAUCGUGACAUAUUAAGAAUAGACUUCUUUUUCACAUUGUAGGUGGAACACAUAUUUUUGAGUAAACAUUUCAAAGUGAAAAAUAAUAAUCUAAUCAUUCUAAAUCAGAGGGUUCUGAAAUGGCUCCUGACCCGUUACUGUCCAAGCAGAGACAUAGCAUUGUGGAUCAAGUUUAUAGUAGCAUCCUGAGAGGAUACAGGAUGUAUCAUCUCUGUCCCUGUCUUUGUCUCUCUGUCUCUCAGUGCCUGUGUUUACACUUAAUUAAUAAUGACUACUUGGCGGAUUACUCAGAGACUAGGUGUGCUUGCUUGAUAAAGGUCAGUGCUGCCACCAGCUAAUGCUUCAUCACUCAGAGUUAUACUUCAGCCCAGCAUAUUGUGAAUACUCCACACAUGAACGCUUCACAGGGCAAAAUAAUUAAGAGAGGAGAGUGUGGAUGGAAGGACCAGCUGUUUAUGCUGUGCCUCUGUGGCAGACCACACACACACACACAGGCAAUGACACAAGACACAUUUAAUAUUUGAAUGCACAAAAGCAGGACAACUAAAGCAGCUGGCAGGAACAGAGAGCACAGACUUUGUCAUCUGUGUUUUACCUACCAGCACCAGAAGCAGAAGACUUUCUGGAUCUGUUUAGAGCUAUUACCAUCGUGUAAAACACGGUUCUAACGUCACGGAAACAUGGUUCUAAUGUCACAAAAACACAACUCUAACGUCACAAAAACACAAAUCUAAUGCCACAAAAACACAACUCUAACGUCACAAAAACACAAAUCUAAUGCCACAAAACCACAAAUCUAACGUCACAAAAACACAACUGUAACGUCACGAAAACACGGUUCUAAUGUCACAAAAACACAAAUCUAACGUCACAAAAACACGGUUCUAAUGUCACAAAUACACAAAUCUAACUUCACAAAAACACGGUUCUAACGUCACAAAAACACAGUUCUAACGUCACAAAAACACAAGUCUAACGCCACAAAAACACAAAUCUAACGUCACAAAAACACGGUUCUAAUGUCACAAAAACACAAAUCUAAUGUCACAAAAACACAAAUCUAACGUCAUAAAAACACAAAACUAACGUCACAAAAACACGGUUCUAACGUCACAAAAACACGGUUCUAAUGUCACAAAAACACAAAUCUAAUGUCACAAAAACACAAAUCUAACGCCAUAAAAACACAAAACUAACGUCACAAAAACACGGUUCUAAUGUCACAAAAACACAAUUCUAACGUCACAAAAAUACGGUUCUAACGUCACUAAAACAGGGUUCUAACGUCCCAAAAACACAGUUCUAACGUCACAAAAACACAAGUCUAACGCCACAAAAACACAAAUCUAACAUCACAAAAACACGGUUCUAACGUCACAAAAACAUGGUUUUAAUGUCACAUUAAUAUGAUCAUUGUCAGUGUCGUCUGCCUUCAACAGAUUCAACUGUAGAAUGGAAUUCUGACUGAAUCAAAGACCAGUGACAAGAAUAUGUUUUAAUAUAGCAAGUAUUUGAGCCAUUACAGUACUGUAAUUGCAGUAAGUAAGUCAUUGUUUUAAUUUCCGCAUGUCCGACUCUCCUGUGUUUUCCCUCAUGUUGCAUGAUAUCGAUUCCUCAUACACAGUAAAUGUUUUCAUACACAGUAGCAGCCAUAAAUCGUCUAAGAUGGUGCAGGAUUGUUUUCCUUGAUUAUGUUCCUAUUAUGAUCCUUGAUUUGGCCCGCGGGCCUUGAGUUGGACACGCGAUAAAGGAUCUGAAUGUUUUCACGACUUCAUUCUUUGUUUUAAAGUCAAUUUGAAGAUUGUUCUGUCUGCAUGAAGCAUGAAUGUACUGAAUUCUCCUCUCUGGACAGGACACAUCAGUGCUGCUGAAGAUGAACGCCGCUCCCGUGUCCUGCUGCUCCCUCUGUGAGGAUGAAGAAGCACAACAGCAUCAGGACCUUCUGUCUCAUCCUCUCCAUCAUCCUCUACCUGCUCAUCGGUGCCGCGGUGUUUGAUGCACUGGAGUCAGAGAGUGAGAGUUCAAGGAAAAAAGUGCUGGAGCAGAAGCUGAAUGAGCUGAAGAGGAAGCACGGCUUCACUGAGGAAGAUUACCGGCGCAUGGAGAGAGUGGUGCUGCUGUCAGAGCCGCACAGAGCCGGCAGUCAGUGGAAGUUCAGCGGCUCUUUUUACUUCGCCAUCACUGUUAUCACCACCAUAGGCUAUGGCCACGUCGCUCCUCGGACUGAUGCUGGAAAAGCUUUCUGCAUGUUUUACGCCGUGCUGGGCAUUCCUCUGACCCUGGUCAUGUUCCAGAGCCUGGGAGAGAGGAUCAACACUUUUGUCCGCUACCUCCUGAGAAGAGCGAAGCAGGGUCUGGGCCUCCUGAAGGUGGAGGUGUCCAUCUGGAACAUGGUCCUGGUGGGGCUGUUGUCUUGCAUGAGUACUCUCUGUGUUGGAGCUGCAGCAUUCUCUCAUUUUGAGGACUGGACCUUCUUCACCGCCUACUACUACUGUUUCACCACACUCACCACUAUCGGCUUUGGGGACUUUGUGGCCCUGCAGAGGACAGACGCUCUGCAGAGGCAGCCACCGUACGUGGCCUUCAGCUUCAUGUACAUCUUGGUUGGGCUGACAGUGAUCGGUGCUUUUCUCAACCUGGUGGUCCUGAGGUUCCUCACUGUCAGCGCAGAUGAGCUUGUGGUACGGCCGGAGCCAAACGUAGAGCAGAGGCCACAGCCUAAAGACACACAGGAGGACCGGGAGGGGUCGGACACCGAAGCAGAAACUGCUGCAGUGGGAGAUGAAGACAGAAGAGAUGGACACAGCAGCCGGUCUUACCUGAGUUUGCCGAUGGAGGCGGGCACCAGCUGUACCAACCUCCUCCCUGCUCCUGCAGAGGAGCACAGACAUGUUUCAUCUCCACUCAGAGACUCCGUGCUUCCUGACACCAGCAGAUUCACACCUUGGUUCGCCUGCAUCUGCUGUGACGUGGACGUUCAGGACAGCUCUUAUUCGUCUCACUGGGACCAGGACUUUGGACACAGCAACCCGGUCUUUUACAACUCCGUCUCCUACAGGGUUGAACAGACGUCGUGCAGCUCACAGCAGGCUUCACCCAGCUGCAGAGGACUGUGCCUGGUCCAGAACUAUCCUCACACCAGGAGGAGAUCAGUCUAACACUCUCACCUCAGUCAAAAACAUAUAUAUGUAUACAAAGUCUACCACUAGCAUUGCUGUGAUUUAUUCAUUUAUUUUAUUUUAUUAUAUAUUUAUCUUUAAUAAGAUACAACCAAAUCCUUCAGGAAAUCUGUACACUAGAAUAUAAAAACAACUCUUUUCAGAGUUGAAACAGCAAAUCUAAUCGUGGCCCAAGACUUUAGGCAGGUGUGAAAGAUUAUUUUCAUCAGCGAUUCAUUUGCUGAUUAUUUUCUCAAUAAAAUGUAGGAAAACAUUAAAAAAUGUUGAUCAGUGUUUGUAAAACCUGGAAAUGAUGAUGUUCUCAAAUGUCUUGUUUUUGUCCUCAAACCUAAAUGAUUCAGUUUUGAAUGAUUUCUUUGUUUUAUGGAGCAAAGAAACGACAAAAUUAUUCACAUUUAAGAAGCUGAAACAAUCAGAGAAACUUGUUUUAAUCGUGAAAAAAGCUUCAAACCAAUGAAUCGAUUAUCAAAAUUAAUUUAGUAAUGGAUUAAUAGAGUAAUUGUUUCAGUUCUAAAAUGCUGUUCUAAAAAUCUUGUAAUAGAAGAAGAAAAAUCUAAAUCAAACCAGUAUUUGGUGUCACCAUUCUUUGAUUGUUCUGCAGAACACUAUGUUGAGGUCAGUGCUCUGUGUGGACCAUACCAUCAAUCCCUGGACUCCAUGUUCUUCGAGACACUGAAGAUAGUUCAUAACGACACUGGCUGUGUGUGUGGGCUCUUUGUCCUGCUGCAGAAUAAAUGUCGGGGCCUCUUGUUUCCACGUCAGAGGUUUGGCUUCCACAAAGCUCUCUUGUGUUGUGUUCAGACU